AUGGACUCCGAUUCAUGGGCUCGUAUUGCUACUUACUCGAGGCGUCGAUUAACCCGAUCAGAUGUAUAUAAUGGAGAAGGAUACGAAGUGGAAGAGGAGCCGAAUCCUGAGUAUCUUUGCCCAUUUUGCGCUGAGGAUUUUGACAUGGUGGGCCUUUGCUGUCAUAUAGAUGAAAUGCAUCCUGUAUCGGCCAAGAAUGGGGUGUGCCCUGUUUGUGCGAGAAACGUGGGGUCGGAUCUUGUCCGCCAUUUGACCGGGCAGCAUGCAAGUUACGUAUCCCGGAGGAGGAGGUUCCUGCGAAGAGGGACUAAUUCGCCGUUUUCAAUUCUUAGAAGAGAGUUGAGAGAUGGGAGUCUGCAAUCCCUUUUUGGUGGGUCCUCACAUUUGGGCUCCUCGGCCCACACAGAGCCCGAUCCAGUGUUGACCUCGUUCAUACUCAGCUCACCCGUGGUUGACAAAUCUUCUAGUGUUCAAUCUCUUCCUCUGGUUGAGGCUGGCUUACCUGCCGAGCACUCUGUUCAGAAACUUGAGGAUAGAAUUGUUGGACUCUCGGAAGAAGACCUGAAAGAGAAGGCCCGAAGGUGUGAUUUCGUGCAAGGGCUUUUGCUGUCUACUUUUCCUGAUGAUAAGUUAUAA